GCUCGACCGAUGCGUCAAAGCGCGACCAAGUUUGUGUAGUUUUCUUGAACGAGAAGCAACGAAGCUCUGCGGGAUAAAAUUUAUUAACCUUUCAUUUACUAGACACCAUAACGCACCCUCUCAGCCAUGACCAGCAUACUGUCCGCGUCGGGAAAGUACCGCUCGCGGAAGGACUUCAGUACCGGCUCGAUCCCGACGCUGGUGUCACUGGAUGAAGAAUCUAGUCUCUCAACGACGACGACGACCUCGGUCAGCAGCGACACGGUGCUGCUGCAGAACCUGCGCAGUGCCAACAGCAGUGCAUCCUCGAACGGCGGCACCAACAUCACCGGUGGCAGCAGCAGUAGUAGCAAUUUGAACAUCAAAAAUGGUCUCGCCACAAAACCUCCGAGGCGCAGCUCGCUCGGGCUUGCGUUACUUGGUUCGCGUGGUUCCGGACCUACCGAAAAGAGCGGCAAACGUCGCAGCUCGAUCGCGGUCGUGUUCCUUGGCGGAGGUCGCAAGGACGCGAAGGUUGCCACACCCUCGAACGGCUCGGGAAAUGGCCAUCACCAUCACAAUGGCCACUCGAUCAGCACCAUCCCGGAGAAGUACAUCAAGACGGGCGAAUCGGACAUCGAGAAUGAUUCACCCAACACGGACACGUUCGGUGUGAUGGGUGAAGCGAACGGAUCCGGUCAGCAGGAUGUGUACGGUGGGGGUAUUCCUGGGUAUGACAAAAAGCGCCGCAGGUCGUCCUCUUGGCAGACGAAGUUAGAGCGACGCCGGCGCAAAGGCAUGAUGGCUGCGCUCGAUGGUAAUGAUACGAUGCCACAGGACUCCGCCAGCUUCAGCAGCUUCGGAUCGGUGCAAGGACUCGACGGAUCUCCGCAGGGACAUGGCCCAGGUGGGAAGUAUGGGCGCGAAAAGCGCCACUCCUGGUGGAACAUCUUCGUGCCGGACAAUCUCAAGCAAAGGACUCGUAGAGCUAGUCAGGAUGUGAUACUAUCAAAGAGCUCCGACACACUCAGUACUCCGCCGUACCGAAGGAGCAAAUCCAGGAGUGUCGAUCAUGGACUGGCCGCUCCGUUCGAUUUAGACUCACUACGUUCGAAGGUCGAAGGCAGAUUCGAAAGCAUCGAUCGACUGUCAAAAGAUGGUGAAAAGAAGCGAUCGAUGCCUACAAUACCUACGAUUACGUACACAGUGAAGGACAGGGACACGCUGACGUCCGUUGCAGCCCGUUUCGAUACGACCCCAUCAGAGCUGACUCAGCUGAACCGGUUGGCCAGUUCGUUCAUCUACUCCGGUCAGCAACUGCUUGUACCGGACAAAAAUGCCAAACCGAACGCGGACGGUGAGUCCGACACCAGCACGGAACGUUCCUCGAACAGUCCCACCGACGUCCGCCGCAAGGGAUCGCAGGAAGAUUUAUCACAAGAUGAAAAAGAUUUGCUGGAAGGACUACGUCCCGGAUCUCCAAAACCGGGCCACAUUGAGCGUAUCGCGUCGCCGAAUACGCAAAGCGGCGGUGGUACCGGCGGUGGAGGAGGAGGUGGAUCAUCCGGUACUGCUGCCGGAGGAGAAGACGAUGAUCCUGUCACCAUUCAGCGCUUCUUGAAGAUCAACGUGCGGCACAUCACUGAUGGCCAGGGUGUGGUCGGAGGCGUGCUGCUUGUCACACCAAAUGCCGUCAUGUUCGAUCCUAACGUGUCGGAUCCACUAGUCAUCGAGCACGGUCCGGAGAGCUACGGCGUGAUCGCACCGAUGGAGUUCAUCGUAAAUGCGGCCAUAUUCAACGACAUCGCUCACAUGCGUGUGCAAGGUGCGGCCGGCAGUAUCGAAUCGACAGAGAAGGCCGAAAUUUACCAUCCCCCGCCGGUGGAGAAGCCGUGCUCGCGCUGUGACACUCACUCACCGGGCAAGGAUUCGCUCCUCGUGAAGGACGAAACGUUCCCCGAGCUGGGAGUUGGGUCGGUUGAAGGUUGCGACGAUCAAGAAUCGAUCUGUUCGAGCAACGAACGUGACGGAGAUGCUUUCCCGAAGGCGUUCGAGCGAGACCUCGUAACGCCCAACAAUUUACAGCGUCUACACGGCGAUUCGACGGAGAGCGGUGGUAGCUCGGUAGAACCGAAAGCACCUUCCACCGAACCGCCAAUGUUUUUAUCGUACGAACGCGACUCAUCGCAAUCCCAUACGCCCAGUUCGCUCGAUCACAGUGGCGGCGUUGGUGCCGAGCAGCAGCAGGGCCAAGGACAGAAGCAGGCAGGCGAAAAGACUGACCAAACAAAGACCAACAGUAUCUUAGAGGACCCCACCAUGCGCUCCCUGGAGGAGCGACGAAGAAGCCUACUCGACCAGCACUGGGCAAUCCCCAGCAAGGACAGAUUAAAAUGCUAUUGCGAUCAAUCGUCAUCCCGAAGAUCUCUGGACGAUGAAGAGGCAGCCAGCACGGGUAGUGCUGCAACUGCAGCAUCUUCCUCGACGACCGGUGCAAACUCGAUAAGCGGCGUCGCUGGUGUUGCAGGACAUCAUGCACCAAUCCCGCCGAUCGCCGAAGCCAUUGGUGAUGGGCAGUUGGUGAAGCAAUCGUGUCACGAUUCAGGCAUCGACAUCCGCGAUCCGGCCCAUGGAGCAUCGUUGACAACGGGCGGCGGUGCGGCCACCGGUGGAAGCGGUAGCAGUGCGGCAAGCUCAGUUGCCAGUAUCCCGAUCGUAGCACCCAUCGCAACGAAAAAAGUGUACAGCGAUGCGGACAUUGUGCUUAGCGCAGACUGGGUCCCACCGCUUACGAUUGCGCCGACUCAUCUGCACGACAGUUCACCGCGUAGCAGCAGUUCGCUGGUGUCCUCGUCCCACCACAGCACGCUGUCGACGGUUACGUCUGAUGCCGGUGGACGCAAAAAGACCUCCAGUGUAAGCUUCAGCGUUGAUGAACAUGAUGCCCAUGGUCCCACGGGUCCUGCCGGAUCCGGAUCGAUGGACAAAAGUGGUGAAACGAAAAAGAACAAGAUGUUAAAACGACUUUCCUACCCACUGGCUUGGGUUGAAGGAUUAACAGGAGAGGGCAGCGGUAGUAGCCACAAGUCGGACUCAAUCGAAUCCGCACCUAACACAGGCGAUUCUAAUCAGAGCGUCUUUUCAAAAGUAUUCUCCAGCUCACCCAUCACAUUGGUCUCGGAGUUGGGCGGGAAUUUGUUUUUGUCCAAAACUCCGUCGGAAGACUCCGGAGGCUCACCAGUUCCGCCACUGACACCGCACGAAGCGCAAGCAGGGGGGUCGGUCAUGGCUGGACGAUCAUCCAUUGGUACAUUUAUUCGACCGCAUCCCUCUGAGGGUAGCGCGAACAAACAGAAACCAGCUCCGCCGAAACUGGAUUACCGUUCGAUGGUGUCUAUCGAUGACAUGCCAACGUUGUUCGUCAGUUUCGAUAUGAAGGCACCAUUGUUUCCUCAGCUUGAGAAACUUGAACUGAUCCCACGACCAGCACGAGCCUGUCCAGACCCACCGAUGUACCUGCGAUUGCGCAUGGGACGCAAGAUCGGUAAAAAUUCGCCUCUCCCGACAACCGUGAUGUCCUAUGGAAAGAACAAACUGCGUCCUGAGUAUUGGUUCAGCAUUCCGAAAAAUAAAGUUGAUGAGUUAUAUCGAUUCUUAAAUGCUUGGGUACAGCAUCUGUAUGGCGAGCUGGAUGAGGCAGCCAUCAAAGAACGUGGCUUUGAACUCAUUCAGAUGGACACAGAAUGGGCCACUAAAACUGGUAGUCCGUCGAAGGACGGUCGUUCCGCUAGUGAAGGUGAAAUCUCCGAGUAUACUCGUGAAUCAUGGGAGCUGCUAAAGGCACCGUUCGUUAAAACCUACAAUAUAAUCAAAAGUCAAACUGGAUCUAACGAUUUGGAUGGUUGUGAGGUUCUGUCUAUGAGCACAGAUGACUACAGAAAAGCGACCCUGUUUGCGUCCGGUUCGUUCGACCAGGACUUCCAGAUUCCGGACCUGAUCGGUCAGACGGAAAUCCUCAGCGAAGAGCACAGGGAAAAACUAUGCGCCCAUCUGCCGGCCCGCGCCGAGGGGUACUCGUGGUCGCUCGUGUUCAGCACCUCCCAGCAUGGUUUCUCGCUCAACUCUCUCUACCGGAAGAUGCACAAGCUCGAGAGCCCGAUCCUGAUCGUGAUAGAGGACACGGACCACAACGUUUUCGGUGCGCUGACGUCCUGCUCGCUGCACGUGUCGGACCAUUUCUACGGUACGGGUGAAUCGCUGCUGUACAAGUUCAACCCACACUUCAAGGUGUUCCACUGGAGCGGCGAGAAUCUGUACUUCAUCAAGGGCAACCCGGAAAGCCUGGCGAUCGGUGCCGGAGACGGUAAAUUCGGCCUGUGGCUAGAUGGGGACCUGAACCAGGGUCGAUCGCAGCACUGCAGCACGUACUCGAACGAGCCGCUGGCACCGCAGGAGGAUUUCGUCAUCAAAACGCUCGAAUGUUGGGCCUUCGUUUAAGUGUGUGUGUUUGCGUGUGCGAGUGUGAACGCAACCAAAUCUCCCGAACGUGCAGGCAAAAUAGAGCAAGAGCAGCAGAAAAGGAUACGGAUGCCGGAAUCCCAUCGCCGCCCCUCCCAGGAGCAGGGUAGCAGUUUCCGGGCAGUGCCUCCGGCGCCAUUUGUCGUGUGCAAAUGUUGACGAUAGCCCUGCCCGGCCGUCGCACCAAGCUGUGUGUGUGUGUGGUGCGAUCCGGACCAAAUGUUGCGAGCAAAUCCGUGGGUUUCCGUUUCCGUUAGGGGCGCAAACGAUCGAACUCGGGGUGGGUGCGUA